ACAAACAAAAAACCUUAGUCAGCGUUUGUGGAAAAUCUAAGCAGUCGUAUUUUCAGGAGAGACUAUUUAGUAAAUGCUGUGUACAAUGAAUUACAAGAAGACAGCUUGAAUGGAAAUGCUUCAGGAAACACUGUCGUGUAUGGAAGUUACCGAAACACAGGUAAAACUGACAUCGACGCCUGUUAGCAAAUUUGUUUAUUUUGGCAACUGGUAGUUAACAAUGAUAAAAACGGGCAAGAAGAAUAGACUUGUUAUGAUGGCUGGGUGCAAUCGCCCCUUUUUAACAAACUGGUGCGGAUUGCAAUUCAACUUGGUGAAUAUCUAAGAAGGGAUAUAGCAAUCACAACUCACCACUGGAUGGCAAGUAGGCGUCCUUCAGACGUAAUAAUUACAAGAAAAUUGCUUUUAUUUUGGUGGCUGAUUGCGCUCAGGUAUGAAAAUUGCUGUCCAGCGUGCUGAGUUCUGAAAACAGACGUGGGAAAUUCAGCACGUAUAAGAAUGUGGAAAUUAGAUUCGAAAAAGAUUCGAUUGUGAUUUUAAACCGGUUGAGACUCCUCUGCCAAUUCGCCGGACUGAAUAGACUUUGGACCGAAAGGAAAUAUGCAGGCAUGGGUCAUUUUAACAUAGUCAUUACCAACCCUGUUCCAGCUUCUUUCAAGGUUUAAGGGAUAUCUGCCUUGGCAAGAUGACCUGGUAUGAAUUAAAUAUGGGAAAACUGUGUAAAUGCAUCUCUCAAAAGAAAAAAAGGCUUUAAUCAGACAUUUGGAAUUGACACGCGUAUUUAAUAUAUGAAAUAAUAACUACUGGGACACAUUAGCUAAAACCAUGGGUCAGUAAAGAAACCAAACAACACAAACUAUUUUGUAGCGAACCUGCACCGGGGAGCCUGUCAGUUAGUGUCGAAUUGUUUUUUGAGACAUGGCAGCGGCGAUUGCCAGCGGUUUGAUCCGGCAGAAGAGACAGGCUCGGGAGCAGCACCUUGACCGGCCCGCCCUCAAUCGGAGAAGAAAGAAGAGUCCUAGCAAGAACCGGGGGCUCUGCAAUGGGAACCUGGUCGAUAUUUUCUCCAAAGUCAGAAUCUUCGGCCUCAGGAAAAGGAGGCUACGGAGACAAGAUCCCCAGCUCAAGGGUAUAGUGACCAGGUUAUAUAGCAGGCAAGGCUACUACUUGCAAAUGCACCCAGAUGGAUCUCUUGAUGGGACCAAAGAUGACAGCAGUAAUUCUUCUUUGUUCAACCUUAUACCAGUGGGACUCAGAGUUGUUGCUAUUCAGGCCGUGAAGACAGGGUUAUAUAUAGCCAUGAAUGGAGAAGGUUAUCUGUACACAUCAGAACUUUUUACUCCAGAAUGCAAGUUUAAAGAGUCUGUGUUUGAAAACUAUUAUGUGAUCUACUCCUCCAUGCUAUACAGACAGCAAGAGUCUGGCAGGGCUUGGUUCCUGGGUCUCAAUAAAGAGGGCCAAGUAAUGAAGGGGAAUCGAGUGAAGAAAACAAAACCAGCUGCUCACUUCCUGCCUAAGCCAUUAGAAGUUGCCAUGUACAGAGAGCCCUCAUUGCAUGAUGUUGGAGAAUCAGUUCCAAAGGCCGGGGUGACUCCGAGUAAAAGCACAAGCGCGUCUGCAAUAAUGAAUGGCGGCAAACCAGUUAGCAAGACGAGCAAGACGACAUAGCCAGAUCUUCACAGCUGUGGUGACUUGAGCGAACCCAUAACACUGUUGAGCAAUUUAUUCUUAACAUUCAGUUGCCUACGGAUCAGGUUCAGGCAAGUGAACUCUUGCUUCUCACCAAUUCUAAACUGCAAGCGGAUAAAUCCCAGCGUGUAUCUGAUCAAUCCAAAAGGAGAAGAAACCUGGAUAACCAGCUGAACGGACCAUGGAAUGCCCUACCAGAUAUGGAAUGCCUUUUUAAUCUUUUCUGUAACUGUGACACUCCAUGUGAAUGAUGCAUUUCACAGCCACACGUGGUACCUUGCCUGCUGACCCAUAAUUCCCAUUUGAGCCCAGUUUCAGCAAAGUCCAUGUAAUUCUGAGCUGUUUUCUAUUCCACAGUUGACCAGCCCAUUUAUGGUUAAAUGCUGUCAACAUCUCCCCUUUUUAUAAGUGUGCUAUCUCUCUCUCUCUCUCUCUCUCUCUCUCUCUCUCUCUCUCUCUCUCUCUCUCUUUUGCUUUCUUUAUUUCAGUCUUCACUGUUUUAGAAGUUUUUGUUGUGUGGUUUUCAGAUACACACAAAAAUAUACACACACACUGACACAAAAAAAGAUUCCACAUGUGGCUUGUUUCAAAGCAGGCAAUCAGGAAGCUUCUAAGUAAACUAUUUUGGAAAAUCACAAGCAAAAGGAAUCUGUGGCUGAGUCACAGAGUAUUGAUUUUACAUAUUGAAAGCACUGCAAAGUCUGACAAAUAGCUUAUAAGAUUGGCAUGAUUUCAGCUAGAAUUAUGUCAUCCAAAAUCAAUGUAAACUAAGCUAGUUCUUUUUAUUUGGGGUGCUUACAGUACAUAUCACAAGCUGAUUCCGCUAGCAGUGACAUUUGCCUUGCCCAGGAAAUAGGAAAUGCAAUUAUUAUAUUUAUUUUUUUAGAGCAUGGGCUCUAGGAAACUCUUUAGGCCUUGUAGGCCUCUGGUUCAGGCCCAUCCUUUGUAUGCUGACCUUCCCCAAUUAAUGAGCUAUGCUUAUGACUAGCAAAGGGAUCACACAAUGUGCAGCCAUUUCAAAUAUCUACUCUAGUCGGAGUCUGAUAAUGCUGAAUGUGCCGGCAAGUAGAUGUGACUGGCUGCGUCCCACUGUUCAGCAAAGCAUGGGCAAGGUUAGUCUUGUGUUCUUUCUUGUAGCAGCAAUGCAGGAAAUAGCUUAUA